CUGUCUGCGGUCCCAGCCUAGCAGCAUUCACAUUUUUCUACUCCAGAGCGUGUUGUUCAGGUUUUCGCGUCAGCAUUUUCCGUCGGAAAAGUCGAUCUUUCGGGAGCAAAAAGUGUUGUUUUAGACUAAAAUGAGUCUGUGACUGUUCUGUGCAUGUAAAAACGCGUAAAUCGGAAAAUCAAAAUGAUCGAAUGUUGUGUAAAUUUGUGUCCAUCGAAUUCGUUCCGAGGGACAAUUUCGUUCUAUCGCUUUCCGGUGAUCCGCUCGGAUGAGAACCGUGAGGCAUCGAUUGAACGGAGGACUGCAUGGAUCCGGGCCGUGGGAAAGAAAAAUGUCGAUUGGGACCUGGCGGUGGUUUGCGACAAGCACUUUGUUUCCGGAAGACCAUCUCAGUUGCAUGAAUCAGAUAAUGUCGAUUGGGUUCCGUCGUUGGAGUUAAAUGGCGAAGGGCGAAAGAAAGCAGCAGCGAAGACUGCUGUUAAAGUUACCGCAGUUGCGCCUGCUGCUGGUUUGGGCAGCAUUCUGGGUUCCCUGCUGCUGGCUCCGAGUACGGAUCCUCCGAUUCCAAAGACCAAAUCAGCACAGCAGCGGGAAUCGCAGGAAAAUCUAAUUAGAACCAACUCGAAGAAAAUCUGCCGGCUCUGUUUGGGCAAGGAUGUUCGGUUGACGAGGCCGUUUGAGAAUGCUGGCGGUCCGGAUGAUGAUCUGCUACAAAGGAUCUAUGAAUGCACUACCGUGAAGGUUAUGCUGAAAGAUAGCUACCCAGCGGCCAUUUGUGCAAUAUGCGACACUAAGCUGAAGGAGUACAGCCGAUUCCGCGAUAGGUGCAUCGAAAAUGAUGAACUGCUACGCAGCAUUCUCGACGAGCAGGAGAAGGACGUGGAGUGCAUUGAAGAAGACGUACAGGUCAGUCCACCGGAACCGGAACCCACUGAAACGGAGGAAAUCCCAAUCGCGGACAUUCGUCCGCUGGAGUUUCAUGAGUCGAGCGAGAUCAAAGAUCUACAGCUACAGUUGUAUGGAUCCUCAGAUGAGAAUACCCUCAGCCAGAGCGAAUUUGCCGGUUCGGAUGCGACGACGGGGGCUCUUACUCCGCUGCCGAAGAUCACCAGCGUUACCUCAAGUGCACCAGUUGAUCCCGUCGCAAGUACUAGUACUUCUGAACCAGCUGAGACGGAAUCCCCGGCAGUAAGUAAAUCGCCGGCUCCUGAAACCGCAACCACUCCGAUCGUUAAACCCACUAUCAGUGUAAAACCGCUAUCUAUUCUGGCGGCAAAUCCCAAUACAGCAAUACCUGAGCCUACCAUUUCCGAUCCGGGUGAAUCCUCUGCUCCGAAGGAAGCGGAUAACACUACUCCCGCUACGGCUAAUUUGAACGCAGAUGGACGCCUGGAGUGCACGAUAUGCUCCCGCCCCUUCCGUAAUUCCUACACCCUUCGACGUCACAUGAAUCUACACACGGAGGAAAAUUUGUUUACAUGUGAGUAUUGCAACAAGAAGUUCAACGAUCGGUCAAAUUGGAAGAUCCACCUCCGAGCCCACACAGGAGACAAUCUUCUCCGAUGCGCAGUUUGUUUUAAAACUUUCAUUUCCCCAUCGACUCUGAAGUAUCACUUGCGAGCUCAUCGGAAGCUAAAAGUGUUCGAGUGCAAGUUCUGUGUAGAGACGACCAGUACCUACCAAGCACUGUCGGAUCACAUUGCGACCAAGCAUGCUGAUGUACGAUUGGAAGACUAUGCCAAGCACUCAGAGGAAUCGUUUGCGGCCGGCGAUUUCUUGAAAAUCGAAAUGGAAGCUGACGAAACUACGCUGUCGUCAGCGAUAGUAGCAGGCAUGCACACUGAAAGUGAUGAAUCUGGGUCUGAAACGGCACCGCGACCUCCUCCGUUGAUUGCUGCACCAUCCGCGGCCGCAGCGAGUGCUGCUUCCGUUAGUCACAGUAGUAGUAUCGACGGAAUUAAAAUUAAAGAGGAGGUACCUGAUUUGGAUGACAUUGCAAUCAAACAAGAACCAGUCGAUGAGGAAACUCUUGGUGCCUUAGUUGGAAGUCCUGGCGGCACGCAAGGUCUGACAGUGACGCAGCAGUUGACGGCGUUAAUUCCAGCAACCGAAGAGGAAUCCCCUCCGGUAAUUCUAUUCCGAUGUGACUACUGCAUGAAGAUCUUCAAGUACCUGUACGAGCUGCGAGUGCACAUGAAGAUUCACAACGGGCCCAAAGCUGGAGUAAAACCGGCGGAUGCCGCUCCGCCUCCUGCGAAGAAACCACGUCACCCAUCGAUCGACGCCGACGUAGCUGAGCUAGCAAAUGCACCACUCCCAGAGCACGACUGUCCCAAGUGCGACAAGGCCUUCCGCACCGAAGAACUGCUUAGGGUUCACAUUGAAACCCACAAAAUGGACCAGGACUUUACAAAAGCUCGAAGCUGCAAGGUUUGCUUCAAAACGUUCAAGUGCGAGCUAAAUCUGGUCUCACACAUGAAGAAACAUCACGAGUAUGCUAGUUUUGUUAGCGAACAGCCAGAACAGGAACCGCAGCCUCCGGUUGAGGCCGUUGAGGAAGAUAAGCCACAGUCGCCGGACAGCAGUAGCAACGAUGCAGGUAAUCAAUCGCAAGGCGAAUCGGUUGACACCGCAACGACGGCCGAAGGCGGAAACUCAUCUGCCACAACGGAACGCAAGUGCGAGAUUUGCGCCCUCAGCUUCGACUGUUCCUACAAGCUGGAGCAGCACGUAAUGACCCACUUCAAGAACAAUGAAGCGGUCGCCUUUGUGCCAUCGGCCGAUCGGCCCUACAAGUGUACCGAGUGCCAUAAGCGAUUCAAGCGGAAGGACUACCUGCUGAUCCACAUCCGGACGCAUACCGGCGAACGACGGCACAAGUGUGAUAUGUGCUCGAGCGCAUUCGUUCACCCGUCGAAUCUAAUCACACAUCGCAAGUUGCACUCCAACGAACGGCCGUUCAAAUGCGAUCUCUGUCCGGCGGCAUUCAAGCUGUACGCCGGGCUCAAGAUCCACCGGAAGCGGUGUGUGCUCAAAUAUCUACAGGAAAAUAGCGUUACGGUUACGUAGGAGGACGAGUGGGAAGGGAUCUUGUAGGUUAAGGAUAAUGUUGUAAGAUGAGCGUUUUGAUGCGACUAGUACUUCCCCCCAAGAUAAGUUCAUGAUGUUGCAUGAGGAAUGUGCGCGCUUUUUUACGGAAUAUUAGUUUGUGUAACCCAUAACUAUUGCUAACAAUCAAAUUUGUUUUUCCGUCGGUUUUAUUUGAUUUCAGUUGCUUCGUUUCAUUUUUAUGUCUUUGCUAUUUUACAGUAAUUGACUAUUUGGCUUCUUUAAGUUUUUUUGUGCUACAAAUUCUAUCUUUAUGUCAAGUCUGUUUAGGUAUUGGACGAUUGCAAAUUAUAUCUAUAAAAUUAAUAUAAUAGAUAGAACGAUCGGAUAAGUGAACAAUUUUUGUAUAUACCUCUGUUACAAACUUUAUCGUAAGUUCUAACUUUUUGUAAACAGUUUACUAUACAAUCCUAAAAUGAAACUGUAAAAGCAUAUAUUUUAAUUAAAAAGUACAAUCUGUCAGUAA